UUGUUGACAUUGAACCUGCUUUAUAGAGGUGCGUCGUGCUUCUUUCUUCCCUUCUUACGUGUACUAACUACAUUUUUAUAAAUUCGGGAUUCACGAAAAUGGCUGGGAACGUGAAAGGGUUUUACGACCUGACAGCUAAGCUUCUGUCUGGAGAAAUGUUUAGUUUCUCUUCACUGAAGAGGAAAGUUGUUCUCAUUGAGAAUGUGGCGUCUCUCUGAGGAACAACAACCAGGGACUACACUCAGAUGAACGAGCUCAGCAGCCGCUACUCUGCCAAGGGACUCGUUAUUCUGGGUGUGCCCUGUAAUCAGUUUGGACAUCAGGAGAACUGCAAGAAUGAUGAAAUCCUUAAGUCUCUCAGGUAUAUCCGUCCAGGGAACGGCUUUGAACCCAACUUCCAGCUCCUGGAGAAGGUGGACGUGAAUGGAAAGGAUGCCCACCCCUUGUUUGUAUAUCUGAAGGAAAAGCUUCCAUUCCCCAGUGAUGAUGCCAUGGCUCUCAUGACUGAUCCAAAGUUCAUCAUGUGGAGUCCCGUCAGAAGGAACGACAUCUCCUGGAAUUUUGAGAAGUUCCUGGUCGGCCCUGAUGGGGAGCCUUACAAGCGCUACAGCAGAAAGUUCCUUACCAUUGACAUUGAGGCAGAUAUUAAAGAGCUACUUAACAGGGUCAAGUAAAGUAUGUUACAACAUGCACUGGGUGGCUGUAAAGUAUAUUACUUAUGACCAGCCUGGCCGAAAGGAUUAAUCAGUAAACAUCUGUUUUAGGUAUUUCAUCAUGUUUUGUCCUCCUUCAAUGUUUCACUCAAAGUUUGUGAUAUUUCCAGAGUAGUACACUAUGGUUGGUCAGCCUUAUUACUCAAUGAAGAUGCUCUUUGAAACCUUUUUGUGAGAGGAAUUUCUGAUGAACAUGUAAAAGACUGACUGUGUCACUGUGUGUUACUCAUAUCACAACUAUCUUCAUUGUCUACGCUUAAAAAGGAGAAAUAAAAAUGCAAUGUCAUUACUCUUUA